GUUUGUUUUUAGUAGUCUGAAAAUAAUUAAAAGGGGUUUAACUUAUUCGUAUACUUUAACAUACUGACAGUGUUCUAAAAUAUAUUAAGUUGGAAACGAAGACCAAUUGUUUAUUAACAUUUGCUUACUUAAUCAACAAAUACUAAAAUGUCAGAAUAUCUAAGAAAAACAAAUACAUCAUCAGCAUCACCGACAGCAGCACCCACUCCUACAGUCUUAUCAACUCUCACAAAAAGCUCAGCUGCAGAUACAACGAAUAUUUUUCUCGAGCGUGGAGGCAAAUUUCAAUGCAUUUUAAUUGUUUUGCUAGCCUUAAAUAGCAUAAUAGUUGGUAUCAAUCAUACGAUAACAGCCUUUCACAUUUAUAUACCAGCAUAUUUUUGUAGGGAUGAUCCGGCGGAAAAUUGUGGGCCUUACGUAAACGGAACACUUUGUCCAAGUGGAUAUGUGUUCGAUGAAAAAGAUGCUGUAUCUAUAGCAGUAGAGUGGUCCCUUGUAUGUGACAAACGAAUGCUGGCUCCUUUAGUGAAUACUUUGUACUUCGUUGGUGUUACUAUAGGCGCACUUAUAUGCAGUUCCUUAUGUGAUGUAUGGGGACGCAGAAAAUUAGUUCUCAUAUGCAUGUAUGGUCAAGCUUUAAUGGCAUAUGCCCAAUAUGCAGCACAAAGUUUUCUUGUAUUUUGUGCAUUUCGUAUGAUGCAAGGAUUUUUUAUUCAAGGCCUUCAAACCUGCACUUAUACGCUUAUCUUAGAAUAUUGUCCAUCCAGAUAUCGCACAAUAUGUUCAACACUAUGGGAGCUUAACUGGACAUUGGGAUUAAUUUUGCUAAGUGGAGCAUCAUAUUUGAUUCGCGAUUGGAGGCUUUUAACAUUAGUUUUGACAAUACCUACAAUUCUUAGUAUUUCAUAUAGUUGGAUGAUCCCAGAAUCUAUAAAUUGGCUAUUGGCAAAAAAUGAAAUUAAAAAAGCUAUAAAAUUGGUGCAGAAAAUUGCCACUUUUAACGACUCGUGUGACAUUGCUCAGCAAUGUAGUUCCUUUGAUAUGAAUAGUUUCACGAGUCCUACAGAACGCUUUCAAGUAAUGGAAGAUGAGACUGAAAAAACACAUCGUUUUUGUGAUAUAAUUCGUUGUCGAGUUCUCCGUAAGCAUCUUUUUACAAUGACUGGAAUUUGGUUCAGUGUGACACUUUCAUACUAUGGUAUCUUAUACUAUUUACCUAAUUUAGCUGGCGAAAGGCAUUUAAAUUUUUUAGUUGGAGCAAUUAUUGAAGGUAUUGCUUAUAUUUUAGCGUAUUUCCUACUUUCGAGACUCGGUAGAAGAUUACCAAUGGCAUUUUAUCAAUAUGGAAAUGGUGUCUUACUUUUGGCCAUUGGAAUAAUUACAACCAUUGCUGGCCAAAGUCAAAUUAAAGAAUGGUCCCUUAUAAUCAUCACAUUAAUUGCCAAGGGACUAGCUGUAUCCAGUUUCUGUGCCAUGUUUAUUUAUUGCAGUGAAUUGCUUCCAACAGUGUCGAGGGGCUUAGGUCUUGGACUAUGUGGAUUUUCAGCUAGAUGUGGCAGUCUUAUAGCUCCCCAGCUAAUGUCUUUAGUUUAUUAUGUGCCGGAAUAUAUACCUCUGACAAUAAUGGCAGUAUUUUUGCUAUCAGCUGCAUCUGUAACACUUUUUCUACCAGAAACUCUUCAUUCGCGACUACCAAAUAAUAUUGAAGAAGCUGAAAAAAUGUGGGCAACAGAGAAUUGAGUUUCAUUUAUUCAUACUAAGAUGUACAUAUAUCAUGCAAAAUAUACGAAUUAUAAAUUAA